UUCCUCUCCCCACAGACCGCCAUGGCUCCGUGCCCGCGCUGACGGCCGCCCCAUCCCGCAGCACCUCGGGGUGCCUCCCCACCAUGGGGGAUUCCUACACCGCCGCUUUCCCCAGCGCCGCGGGGCUGCUGUCCCCGUCCGUCAGCCCCCAGGCGUCCCCCGGCCCCUACGGCCCCGAUUACGGCCCCUUCGGUCACCCCUUCCCCACAGGCACCGCCACGCAGGAGGUGCUGGGGGCUCCGGUGGUCGUGGCCACCAAAGGCCACCCGUCGGGCGACUGCUUGCCGGGGGUUUUCCCCCCGCUGGAGAUGCCCCAUCCCUACGGCUCCUGGUAUAAAGGCGGCCUCGGGGGGGGGCUGCCGGGGGGGUCGGGGCCGGCGGCCCCCGCUUGGUGGGACGUGCACCCUAACGGGGGUUGGCUCGGGGGUCCGGGGGGCGCCGAGGGGCUGCAGGGCUCCCUGCAGGCUCAGCCCGCGCUCAGCCCCCCGCUGCCCGCUUACGGCUCCGAUUUCGGGGCCCUCAACCCCCCGCCUUACGGCGGAGCUCCGGGGGUGACCCCGACGGCGGCGGCGCCACCGAAAAGCGAAGCGGGGGGGGGCAAAGCGUUGCGUGGAGGGGCCGGGGGGGGCGGCGGUUCGCCGGGCGGCCGCGCUUCGUGCGACUGCCCGAACUGCCAGGAGAUGGAGCGCAUGGGGGGAGCGGCGGCGGCGGGGGGGCUGCGGAAGAAGGCGGUGCACAGCUGUCACAUCCCGGGCUGCGGGAAGGUGUACGGCAAAGCGUCGCACCUGAAGGCGCACCUGCGCUGGCACACGGGGGAACGGCCGUUCGUUUGCAAUUGGCUUUUCUGCGGGAAGCGCUUCACCCGCUCGGACGAGCUGGAACGCCACGUGCGCACCCACACCCGCGAGAAGAAAUUCACGUGCGUGCUGUGCAGCAAACGCUUCACCCGUUCCGACCACCUCAGCAAACACCAGAAGACCCACGCCGACCCCUCGGCCCCCAAAGCGCCUUCCGAGCCGCCCCCCACCGCUCCCCCCGCCUCUCAGAACAACCCGCCCCCCCCCGGCCCUCCCGGCUCCCCGCGCCGACCCGUCGCUCCGUCGCCCCGGCGGGAUGCGGGCAGCCCCGAGGCGGGCAGUUUGCUGGAGAUCUGA